UGCCACUGUGCCCUUGGAAUGCGCCUUAUUGUCGACGUUUCCCAGGUGGCAUUUUCUCUUUAUUGCCGUAGUCAUGACACGCUCGGACAAGAAACAGCCAAUCCUGCAUCGCAGGCGCUCCCUGAGGCUCAGUAAUCUCGAGAACGGUAUAAAGUUAGAUGAUCCUCUCAAGGUAUCCUUGAAAGUGUACAAAAAACGUCACAAAGUCCUUGGUAACGCGAGUCCCGUAGCGCCAGCCCCGUCCUGUUCUCCUACCAUUGCCAUGCACACUCGACGUAUGACGCGGGCCGCACACUCGGACCCGGAUAGUCGAGAACAAGCUCUAACAUGGCGGGAACAUGACCUGGCGCUCAAAUCUAAAGAACUCGACCAACGACUUGCCGCCGUGUCGAAGAAAGAAGAAGAAACCAGUGCUCUCUUGCAGCAAGCAAAGGAACGAGAAGCGCGGGACAUUUUCCGACAGCUAGAGGAGCAUUUUACUUGCUCUCUUUGCUAUGAAAUAAUGGCAUCUCCGUUCUCUCUAAACGCCGCGGGACAGUGCGGCCACACGUUCUGUGCCAUGUGUAUCCUCAAGUGGUCAUUCUCGCGUCUGCAUAGACUUUGUGGCUGCUGGCAUGAAUCCGUCGAUUGUCCCAUCUGUCGGAGUUUGGUGGUCAUGACACCUGAAAAGCCUCCUCGACUAGACUUCACGUUUCCUUUUGUUCCGAAUAGAACCGCCUCAGCUGUAUGUGAUUCGUGGGUUGAAAAGCUUGCAUGCGCGCUGUCCGAAACAAAGAAGGGGAGAGGCCGCAAGAAGAGCAGGGCGUGUGUUGAUAACCCCACUGAUUUGCCCCACUGGAGAGAAGGCGGCGCGGCGCGGAAAGAGUGGCUUAGGAAAUGCAGUGAAGGAAAGGCAUUGAUGUCCUCCUUAUAUAGCAAUUGGAGCCGUCUGACACCCGAGAAUUUCGCAGCCAUGAAGGACGACUUGGGUGUAUAGGCAGUAUGGUUUCAUCGUACUCUUCUCUUCCCCUUGAUCCUAAAGGCCAUUCAUCAUUCACUCUCCUUAUAGAACCUCACCCCAUAUACCCUCGACGUCGCAUCAGUUCACAUGAAUCACUUAUACUUAUUGCAUGCCAUACUCAUCCACUUGCAAUCGCCAUUAUCCUGUAUUAUUACCCAUCUUAUUUACUCAUCAUUGCUCCUCGCAGCUAGAUUGAACGAACAAAUAAUGUGUCAGUAAGCUACAUUGAAUAGUGUCAAUAUGAUACGGAGUCUUAAAUAGAUAAUUACAAAAAGAAACAACGUUCUUUGAGUCCUCGCA